CCUGGGAUCCCGGCAGGACUUCUCUGUGACUCUGCCGGCUCCUCUGGCCACUAUUGACCUGAGCUGCCAGGAGCCUGAGAAGAUGAAGGCUUCCAUGGUUCUCUCCCUCGUUGGCUACCUGGUGGUUCCCAGUGGUGCUGCUAUCUUGGGGCGCUGCAAGGUGGCUAAGAAGCUCUAUGAGGGAGGCCUGGAUUAUUUUGAAGGCUACAGCCUAGAAAACUGGGUGUGCCUGGCUUAUUUUGAGAGCAAGUUCAACCCCAUGGCCAUCUACGAGAACUUGCCCGGUGGCUACACUGGCUACGGCCUCUUUCAGAUCCGCAGCCAUGAGUGGUGUGACAAGGGCAAGAACCGCUGCCACAUGUCCUGCUCUGCUUUACUGAAUCCAAAUUUGAAGAAGACAAUUGAAUGUGCCAAGAGAAUUGUACAAGGAAAAGAUGGUAUGGGAGAAUGGCCCUCCUGGUCCCUGAACUGCCGGUUCGCGGACAAUCUGGCGCGGUGGUUGGAUGGUUGCAGGCUCUAGCUGCAGCGGCGGCCCUCACUACACUCUCCAGUGGGCACCUUCCAAAUGAAGAUGCUUUCCUGUUUGCUGCCUUCACUCAACCCUGUUGAUUAUCUCACCGCUGGACAGCUCCAGAUGGAAAGGGACAAAAAUUUGCUUCAUCUGGGGAUGCGGAAUGCAGAAUAAACCAGCUU